GCCAUAUUUUUGCCGUAAGUACUAAUCUUUGGAGCAUGGUUUUUCACAAACUAAUGCUUUACACUGCACGAUUUUAGAUAUUACUUUAAUAAGUUUAAGCCACUGGGAAGGAGUCGGUCGUCUUUGGAGACGAAAUCUGAUCUACUUACGUUAUUUGGUGAACGCACAUGCCGAGAACGGGUCAAAACUAAGGUCUUUAUUGUACUUCAGGUGUGCAAACGUUGGAUACAUAGUGAAUAUAAUCUUCAAAGCUGGCUACCAUUGUAUCGAACAUUAGAGUUCAAGGUCACUUCGUAGAUAGAACGCCACCCGUAGACAUGAAGAUGUGGUCGGACCGCUAUCUCGCCCCUACCACGGAAUCUCGAGGCCUCAUCCCCAAUCUGGAUUCCCUACCCUCGGAUGUGAUGUCAAUGGCCGGGUAUCCCCCGGUUUCGUCCCACGGAGGAAAAUGUCCACCUUAUUCUGUGAACGGUGUCAGUCUGACGUCACCCAACAUGGAACUUCUUCACCCAGCCAUGGGUUUCCAAAGUGAGUACAAUCCGAGAAAACAGCGCCGAGAACGGACAACAUUCACGCGAGCCCAACUGGACGUCUUGGAAGGUCUGUUCCAGAAGACAAGAUAUCCCGAUAUCUUCAUGCGAGAAGAAGUCGCUCUCAAAAUUAACCUGCCAGAAUCUAGAGUUCAGGUGUGGUUUAAAAACAGAAGAGCAAAAUGCCGACAGCAGCAGAAGGCGCAGGAACAGAAAAGCAAGCAACAACAGAGUGGGCAGCCCAGCUCACCGCAGCAGUCGCAGUCCCCGAAAAAAGAGACGAAGAGUCCCCCUCCCCCUCAGGUUCCCUCACCAGUCACAUACAAGCCUCCUUCGGUCGGCACGCCACCUAACGGCAGCGGUAUGAACCCAGCUUCCAUCUGGAACCCGGCAUCUCUGGCUCCGAUGAACGAACUCAUGAACUCGAACACUAGUUGCAUGCAGAGGUCGGCGUAUCAGAUGCCUAAUGGCCAGUCGCACUCUUACAGCCCACAGAACUACGGACAUUCGUCGUACUAUGGAAACAUGGACUAUUUCACACAGAUGCAAUUGCCAGUGAUGUCCAAUCAAAUGGCCAACGGCAUGUCAAGCAUAUCAAACACCCACGGUAAUCAAAUGGGGUCGUACGGACCCCUCCCAUCCACACAGACUCUGACUCGCAAUCCAGGGGAUUGUCUCGAGUACAAGGAUACGUCAUCAUGGCCCAAGUUUCAGGUCCUCUGAAAUCCAUCAAAACAUUUCUUUAAAAAAUAAAAUUCUUAAAACAAAAACAAAAAAGGAGUGUUUAAGAAUAGUCCAUGAUUUCGCUGGACUGGAUUGUGUCGUCUGCAACAGUUUUCUUGUUUGCAGGAACACGACCCCGUGGCUGGGAAAAACACGACCGUUCAGCAUUCGACUUGUUCAAGACAAUUAAAAGAACAUGUUGAUCGUUCUCGUGUUUGAGGCAAACAGUCGGUACCUCCUCCAUCAGUAUGUAUUGUGUGUUGUGCAUUGUGUGUCCCUUCUGUUGUUACCAAAGUCAAGGAGGUCUUCUGAACCUUAGGUCGUCACCACAAGUCAGGGAUGACGUAUAUAACUAAAUAUUGCUACCCCAUUCGUGACGUCAUAAUUGCAACUCGGCACCAUUUUAAGAGAAUGGAGGACAACAUAAUGGAGAUGAUGUUAAUGAGGAGAAAUGUUGUUUUGCCGUAAAAGAAGCUCAUUAUCAUAAUGGUGACACUUGGUUCUCACAGUCAAAACUUACUUGGCUUUAGACAUUUUGCAUAAUAACAGUUCUGUGAUGGCUGCAGUGAGAAUCCAUAAUAGGGGACAUAGUACUAACUUGUGCUUGUGACAGCGUCUAAUAUUUAAUUCCUGUAAAUACUCAUGUCCAGUUAAAAGUAUUUACGAAGCGAGUAUUCUAUAUAUAUAUUCUAUUUAACAAUGUGACAAUGGUCAUGGUGCAAAUUCAUUAUCAUGACAUGCAUGCAUUCUUUGAUGUCCCGUGUGAUUAUUCAUUUUAAUACAUUUCGUGAAAUGUGUAUUAUUAUUAUUAUUAAUAUUAUUAUUAUUAUUUUGUGUAUUCAUUUGCACACAAUAUCAUGUGGAAUUAAUAUUUUGCAGCUGAAUACAUUGAUUUCAUUAGCGAAUUAUGAUCCAUGCAUAUUAUUACGUCAUAGUUCGAAUGAAGUUGAUGAUAUGUCAGAAAUCGACUGAAUCGUGAGCACUUCUUUAUUUUCGCUCAUCCAUUUUCUUUUUCUUCUUUUAAAAAAGGUUUAAAUUAUACAUAGAAUACAUAAACCUAAGACAAAAAAUGAGGAAUUUCUUUAAAUAAAACAUCGGAUUUUCAAAAUUUAAACUUUUUGUGUGUAUAGUUUGUAACUGGGUACACAAGGUGGGCUGCCUUGUAUUUUUUUUUCUGUAUUUAUUUUUACAUUUAAUAAAAUAUGGGUGAACAAAUUUAACAAUGUGUGUGUGUGUGUCACGGAAACGUCAGUGUUAAAGUAUUUUUAGGUAGUCGUGUGACUUGUGUGUCUCAAAAUAACAAUAGAUUGGCUACACUUAAUGGCGGUUCCACGAGGGUUUUCAGAUGGGGGGGGGGGAGUAAAGCCCCCUUUUUAGGCAGUACCUCUUGGUAAUGCUUCAUAAUAUCACAAACAUAACAAUAGAUUGGCUACACUUAAUGGCGGUUCCACGAGGGUUUUCAGAUGGGUGUGCGUGUGUUUGGUUAAGCCCCCUUUUUAGGCAGUACCUCUUGGUAAUGCUUCAUAAUACAAAGUAUCACCAAAAGAACAAUACAUAACCUACACUUAAUGGCGGUUCCACGAGGGUUUUCAGAUGGGGGUGGUGGUUAAAGCCCCCUUUUAGACAAUACCUCUUGGUAAUGCUUCAUAAUACAAUGUAUCACCAAAAUAACAAUACAUUGGCUACACUUGAUGGCGGUUCCACUGGGGUUUUGCUUCAUAAUAUCACCGAUAAUUGAUUCCGCCCCCCUCCCCCCGAAAAUAUUUCGGCCCUCUUGGCUAUUACCUCUCUACAAUCCUGAUUUUUUCGAGGGGUAAACUUAAUAAGGCAGUACAACGAAUGUGAUUUUUUUUUCUCCCGCAAAAAACUCCCUAAACUAGUGGAGAAGAAAACUUGAUUGGCGUGUGAUUGAGUUUAUAGAUGGUUUACACGUGUAUUGUCUGUUUGUGUAUUUGUUUUUUGUUUCUAUUUAUGGCACCUCGUAAUGCAGCUGCUGCCGCGAGUUCGCACCCUAUAUACAUAUAUAGUGUGAAUGAUUUAUUUGGGUUUAGUAAAAUAAAUCGUUGUUUUAUCAAAGUA